AUGGCUGAUAUUUCAUUAGCCCGUGCACGUAUUUUCCUUCACUUGUGCAUUUUCUACUCCAUUUUCUUUGAUCCAUCCACCACUCGUCUCCAUCCCUUGCCAUUUUGUACUGCUGAGGCUGGUCGGGGCACUUUCUCCUAUGUUGCUGAGCGAGAUGUCAAGCUCGGUUUGGAAAAAACCCUGACGUCUCAUCUCUUGGACGCCUUGGUUCCUGUAAUCAGAGACGUGCGUGUGGACUGGGGCACGGGUCUUGAUCUCACUCUGCAGGUGACUCCGGAUCUCGGCGAAAUGGAGUACAGCAAUCGCUUCCUGGCUAUUGCGCUCAUCCAGCCUUCGGAGAAUGAGUGUGUCCAAAAUCGAAGUACGCUGGAGCAUGUACAAGUCGAAGCGGUCGUCGGAGGAGUGCAGCAAUCAAUGAGGUUGCUUGAGGUUGGUAUGUCGACGGGGACGACACUCCACGCAGUUGGAGUUUCGUCCUAUGUUCGGGAAAACCAGAAUGCUUUAUCCGAAUCUGUCCAAGAAGUUGCACGCGUGCACCGUGUGGCGACCAGCGCGACGCAGUGGGUUCGCGUCCUGGCUCAGUCCAAACAGGCUCAGGCUGUGGUCUGCGAUGGUUUAUGGAGCGAGCCCGAGCCUGCAGACCCUUCAGCUACAGCUUCGCAUGUUUCCGGGGAGCUCAGCCAGAAAGAGGCGGAUAAGGGCCACAAGGGCACCUUGCUUUCUACUCGGCAGCAUGGAGCUCCAUCCAAGCAUGUUGUCGAGAAGCUUUCGAUGGUGAACUUCGGCAAGAUCGCCACAAGCCUCUCGUUGAAGGACGAUGCUGUAUUUGGUGUCAAUCAGCGCUCCAAGGUCUCCGAAACUGCCGAUGAGUUCCGUCAAAAGCAUCUCGAGCGAACGACGGAGGAUUGGUUCAGGCCACGGUCGACAUUCUCUGUCCGUGGCUUUUCCCGCAUCGGUUCCGCUUUGUCCAUUGUUGGAAGUUCUAGUGGCCCAAGUGGCCGCGGAAGCAAACCUUCUCCGAGUGCCUGGCAAGAUCCUCUCCGUGGUGAAAACUGGCCCUUCAUUCGAGGCGACGAUGACUUCUUGACAGGGUACCAUGACGAUGUCGAGUCGUACAGGGCGUUUGACGGGCGCACGAAGGCCUCAAAAACCAGCUCUCCACCAGAGCUCGCAACUCGCAACACUCCGUCAAGUCGAGCAAAGAAGGCGGCAGAUUUGGUCUCGCGCCUCUCCGUCCUCGACUUUUCCAAGCUGGGACACAGCCUGGCAUUCCAUGGGCGGCGAUCGCAGAGCCCGUACUCUCGCCUGGAUUCUUUCUCCUUGUUUGACUCCAUGAUGGUUGGCUCCUCGAUCUCCUCGCGCCAUCAGGGUCACCAGGUCAAGGGGCAGGCCGGUCAGAACCAAGGCACGCUGUCAAUGCGAAGCCACAUCCCUUUCUCCAAGCACGGGGCAUCGGAUCAGUCGUCUUCGUGGGCAAAGCUGUCUGCAACUGGAGCAUUCAACUUGGCAUCCCAGCUCUCUAUUCGAUUGGAGAAGAAUCUGGGCAAGAGUCGGGGAGUGCAUGCAAUGCAGGCAGGCCACGCAAGUUUUGCAGACUUGUCAGGGCUGGGAAGGUCUGUUCGCGAUGAUUAUGUUGAACGGCCAGACCGGGCUGUGUCGCCUGCGCCGGCAGGGCCACAGGCAGAGGACCUCUCCGAAAUACGUGGUUGGAUUAGCCUGGAAGUAGCAGGUGGUAUCCUGCAAGGUGUCUGCCCUGUUAAAUUCACGGGCGAGGCAUGCUCUGAUGUGUCUGAGCGGGUGGCAAUCCACUGGAGACCUGGAAGAAAUGCCAGCCACAAGCCGGCACAAGUUUAUCUGACGGACAUGCCGCUAUCACUCCUCAGCCAAGGCAUUCGCCUCGGGGAAGCGUCUCUGAGCGGAAGCAGCAAGUCAAGUGACAACUGGCCGCUGGAGCUUCGGAUUGGCCUACAGGUCUCCAAGACAUGCGAGCUGAGCAUCCAUCGCGUAGAGACAUCAGGCUCUCUGGGAAGCAAGCUGAUGACUUCAAAGCUGGCGGAUGCCACGCUGCACUUUCAGGCAUUGAGCUCCCAAGGCUCCGAAGAGCGCCUAAGUGACCUAAGUGACCUAAGUGACCUAAGGGCCGGAAUAGGGGAAGCGCUGGGAAGCCGACAACAAGCGGUGCGACAAGGCUUUCCAACGGUCGCACGGCCUGUGGCAGUGAAAGCUGAGGCAAGCCACGCCCCACGUAGCACAACGUGGGACCCUGCAUCCGUAGACAUGCAGGCAGGUUGCCAUGCUCUUUUAGGCGCGCAGGCAUUUCAAGGCUACUUCAUGCUUGAGCAGGCAGCAUUGGAUGCGAUGGGAUUGAGCUGGAAGCACCUUGAGAUGCUGAUGUCCCUCUGGACAUUGCAUGCAGCAGAUGGAGCUCAGGUUGCGCACACGGCCUUUGCUCUAAAUGUGUUGAAGGCAUCCUUUCAGGAAAUGCAGGCCUCGUGGCAUCUAGUCGCUCGUCGUGCAGAAGCAUGGCUUCAGCACAAGGUUGCAAGCCUUUCCUUGCCAGGCUGUCGAAAUGCAGUGGCUUGCCUCGAGACCGCCGGGAUAUUUGCAGUCCGAGAACGCAACAAGGAAAAACGCGAGCCGAUGACAAGAUACGAUAGGCAGCCAGGUUAG